AUGGACCGAGAAGCUCGGGUGCAAUUCCGAGAAGACGAUGGAGGCCCGGCCGGCUAUCGGAAGCUGGAAGUGCUGGAGACCAGCGAGGACCCCGAGCUCCACCGAAGCCAGUCGGAGGUCGCGAUCCAAGCCAUCAGCGUCGAGAUCGAGGAGUUGAGGAACCAAGAAACAGAUUUGCUCUUCCAGAUUGACAUGGUCGACCGGGCCUUUCAAGCUAGGAAGUCGCCCUUGGAGGAGGAGUUGUGGCUCACCCAGGGCCGCAUCCACGAUAAAGAGAUGGAUUUGUGGAAGCUGGAGCAUGGCGACGACACGGCACCCGUCAAUACCCGCUUUGCAUGGGUUCAGAGUUGGUGGUUUAGCACCUGGGCUUUGUGCCUCCAGGUGAUCCUCGUGAAUUUGAUCAUCAUGUUUCUGCAAAUGAAGAACGACAAACUGCUGGGUGAUUGGUCGAUCUACGUCGACGUGGCCUUUUUGACGUUCUACUGCUUUGAGCUCAUCGUCAAAGGCUGUUGUUAUGAAUCCUCUUUGCUCUUUGGACACUGUUCGGUGGUUUGGUGGAACUGGUUAGAUUUGGUGAUCGUGAUGAGCGGAUUGCUGGAGCUGGUGAUGCCUUUGUUGGUGUCUGGGAGCUCUCCGAUCCAUCUCAGUGGACUGCGGGGAUUGAGACGCUCGGCGGCUCCGACUGGCGCGGAUCGCCCGGGGGCUCAAGCUCUUGCGGUUCUUGGUGCAGAGUGA